UGUUGUGUCAAGGUAUCCGGGAGGAGCCUCACUUCUCGCGCUGCACCCUAGAUUCCUCCACCCGGCCUCCCAGCUCUGAGCGCAGGGUAGCCCAAUUAGUUGGUUUCACCCCGCAGGUCGCGGGCUGCGGGAACUGACUGGAAGCUCCUUGGCGCUGCCCCCCUCCCGCCCCCCGGGCCGAGGGGCUGCUAUGAUUGGACGUGGCUGCGCCCGGCCGGCCAAUGGUGAGGCGGCGGCAGCUUCCCGGAAGUGGCGGCGCGGCCGGCGGCGGCUAGGGCUUCCGUUGCUUUCUAGGCUGGGGGCCAGUCGGGCCGGGUUGGCGGACGCAAUGAGCUGCUUCGAGGGGCAGAUGGCCGAGUAUCCAACCAUCUCCAUAGACCGCUUCGACCGGGAGAACCUGAGGGCCCGCGCCUACUUCCUGUCCCACUGCCACAAAGAUCACAUGAAAGGAUUAAGAGCCCCUACCUUGAAAAGAAGGUUGGAGUGCAGCUUGAAGGUGUACUUAUACUGUUCGCCUGUUACUAAAGAGCUGUUGUUAACGAGCCCGAGGUACAGAUUUUGGGAGAAACGAAUUAUAUCCAUUGAAAUUGAAACUCCUACCCAGAUAUCUUUAGUCGAUGAAGCGUCAGGCGAGAAGGAAGAGAUUGUUGUGACUCUCUUACCAGCUGGUCAUUGCCCAGGAUCAGUUAUGUUUUUAUUUCAGGGCAACAAUGGGACCGUCUUGUACACGGGAGACUUCAGAUUGGCAAAAGGAGAAGCUGCCCGAAUGGAGCUCCUGCACUCCGGGGGCAGAGUGAAAGACAUCCAGAGUGUGUACUUAGACACGACUUUCUGCGAUCCGAAAUAUUACCAAAUUCCUAGUCGGGAGGAGUGUCUGCACGGGAUCCUGGAGCUGGUUCGCAGCUGGAUCACGCGGAGUCCAUACCACGUAGUGUGGCUGAGCUGCAAGGCCGCCUACGGGUACGAGUAUCUCUUCACCAACCUCAGCGAGGAGUUCGGAGUCCAGGUUCACGUGAAUAAACUAGACAUGUUUCGAAACAUGCCUGACAUUCUUCAUCAUCUCACAACAGACCGUGACACUCAGAUCCAUGCGUGUCGGCAUCCAAAGGCAGAGGAAUAUUUUCAGUGGAAUAAGUUACCCUGUGGUGUUACCUCCAAAAAUAGAAUUCCACUCCACACAAUCAGCAUUAAGCCAUCCACUAUGUGGUUUGGAGAAAGAGCCAGAAAAACCAAUGUCAUUGUGAGGACUGGAGCGAGUUCGUACAGAGCCUGCUUUUCUUUUCACUCCUCCUACAGUGAGAUUAAAGAUUUCUUGAGCUACAUCUAUCCUGUGAAUGUAUAUCCAAAUGUCAUUCCGUUAGGCACAACUAUGGGUAAAGUUCAAGAAAUCUUAAAGCCUUUAUGCCGAUCUUCCCAAAGUACUGAGCCAAAGUAUAAACCACUUGGAAAAUUGAAGAGAGCAAGAACAAUCCACCUAGACUCAGAGGAGGACGAUGACAGUGACCUCUUUGAUGAUCCUCUGCCAGUACCUUUAAGGCACAAGAUUCCAAACCAGCAAACUCUUCACCCUGAGGUAUUUCCCACAACUGCGAUAUCACAAAACCAGCCUGAAAAACAGAGAGAAAGCACAGGAUGCUUCAGAGCAGAGAGUAUGCCAACUUUUCUUUGGGCAGACUUUAUAGAUUGUGAGGAAUCCAACAGUGAAAGUGAAGAAUCAGAAAUCCCAGCUUCAGCUCAAGGAGACAUGGGUCCUGUCCCACAGCUCCAGAAGAAGGCUGACGGGGAAGUACCACAGUGGGAAGUGUUCUUUAAAAGAAGUGCUGACCUCACUGAUGACUGUUUGGAAAACCUCCCGUCCUCCACAGAGGCAGGGGGCUCUCAGUCUCCGAAGCUUUUCAGUGACUCCUCUGAUGGGGACUCAACUCACAUCUCUUCCCAGACGUCUUCCCAGUCAACACACAUAUCAGAACAAGGAAGUCAAGGCUGGGACAGCCAGUCUGACACUGUUCUGUUAUCCUCCCAAGAGAGAAAUGGGGGUAUGACCUCCUCGAGCAGACGCGUCUAUAGGCCAGGAAUCAACGACAAUACUCUUGCCCCUCAGAGCGAACAAAAUGUACUUUGCCCAAAGGACACAUAUUCUGAUUUGAAAAGCAGAGAUCAAGAUGUAAGUAUAGCCUCUAGUGUUGGAGAAAGAACUACUCUAAGCAGUGGGAAGCACAUGCCUCAGGAGAAAAGGCCACUAAAUCUUAGCAGCAGCGCAGAUUCACAAAGCUCCUCUGAUUUUGAAAUUCCCGCCACUCCAGAAGCCGAGCUACCUACACGAGAGCAUUUACAAUAUUUCUAUGAGAAGUUGGCAACAGGGGAGACGAUAGUAGUUGAAAAAAGAAAACGCUCACUUCAUUCUAGAGCAACCACUAAAAAACCUAUACCAAGAGAUAACAGUCAAAAUCCUAACAGAUAAAUUAAAAUGGAAUACUUAAAAAUGUUCCUGUAACCUAAAAGGUGGCAGUAAAGGGGAAACGGAGGACCAAAAAAUAGAGGGAAAACACAGGAAACAAGAUAUGGGAGAACUAAAUCCAAACCUAUCAAUAAUUACAUCAAAACAGGAAAAACCAUAAACCAACUAUAUACUGUCUAUAGGAAGCUGACUUCAAAAGACUUGGGUAGGUUUACCAGUGAAAGGAUGGAAACCUUUACCAUGUAAACAUUACUUAAAAGAAAGAUGGAGUGGCUAUGUUACUAGUGAUAAAGCAUCCAGUUCACUGAGACAGAAGCCUAAAAGUACCGUACAACUUUGGAAUAUACAAAGCAAAAACAACUGAAAGGAGAAAGACACACUAAUGCACAAUUACAGCUGUAACAAUUAGUCUACAGACUAUCAGCAAGGAUACAGAAGAACUGAACAGCACCGUCAACCAACUGGAUUUAACUGACACUAAGAACACUUCACUUCAUCCAACAGCAGAAGACACGCUUCUCAAGUUUACAAAGGACGACGUUCACCAAGACAGACCAUAUCCUGGGUUGUAAAAAUACUUCAGAUUUAAAGAAUAAACUUGGAUCUAUUACCAUAAACUGAUGGCGAUAGAAGAAAGCCAGCCCCUUACCUAUCUCAGGUGUUCCAUCACUUAAGAGUAUUGAUGUGAAUACCGUGGUAAAAUCAAAACCUAAAAGAAAAUACUUACUUAAAAGGCAUUCAGCUUCCUUAAAGUCCAUCGAUAGGUUAUGUUUUUGCAUAGUUAUGUAUGUGGAUUUAAUAAAGUUAUUAGCAAAUAUUCAUAAA